GAGCCUUUCACAAAAAUGAUCUUUCUUGUGCUUUCCAGAUUUUCACCUGAUGGAAGACUAAUUGUAUCAUGUAGUGAGGAUAAAACUAUUAAAAUUUGGGAUACCACAAAUAAGCAGUGUGUUAGUAACUUCUCCGAUUCUAUAGGGUUUGCAAAUUAUGUGGAUUUUAAUCCUAACGGUACAUACAUAGCUUCAGCAGGUUCUGAUCACACUGUGAAACUGUGGGAUAUAAGAGUGAACAAAUUACUUCAGCAUUAUCAAGUUCACAGUGGCGGAGUUAAUUGUGUGUCAUUCCAUCCUUCGGGUAACUAUCUCAUCACGGCUUCUUCAGAUGGUACACUUAAGAUUCUGGAUCUCUUAGAAGGAAGGCUCAUAUAUACACUUCAAGGACAUACGAUUAAUCCAAAGCUUGAGGUAAUGGAUUUGCAGACCUCUACACCCCCUGUUGUGGAUAUCCUUUCUUUUGAUUCUACCACA